AAGGCAAUUCCCUUCUUUGAAUCUUGAUCUUGCAGAGGACCAUACUAUAUGACACAGAAGGGAAUUUCUCGUUUUCUUAUUUUUAGGGGAAUUCUGAAUUUGUUCCCCUUCACGAUUUCGGAAUUCUUAGAAAUUGCGGUCGAUUUCGCGUUAAAAUUUCUGGAUUCAGAAAAUUUUUUUUGGAAAAGAUGACAAUGGGAGAGCUUCUCCGUAUUCAGCCUUCAGAGCUAAAAUUCCCAUUUGAAGUUCGGAAGCAGAGUUCAUGUGCUCUGCAGUUGGCUAAUAGGACAGAUCAGUAUGUGGCGUUUAAGGUUAAGACAACCAAUCCAAAAAGGUAUUCCGUACGGCCGAAUGUUGGUGUCGUUUUGCCCUAUUCUGUGUGCAAUAUCACAGUUACUAUGCAAGCACAUAAGGAGGCUCCCCCUGAUAUGCAAUGUAGGGAUAAGUUUCUAGUUCAGAGCGUUAUUGUUCCGAAUGGCACAACAACUAAGGAUAUAAACCAGGAAAUGUUCAACAGGGAGAGUGAAAAGUUUAUCGAUGAGUUCAGAUUAAGGGUCAUUUUCAUUCCUGCAAACCCUCCCUCCCCAGUACCCGAAGAAGAUGAAGAAGUGAGUUCACCUGGAACAUCUUCAGCUGAGGAUGAAAUAAAAAAUUCUUCAUUGUCUGAACCUCAACGGUCUGCUGCCUUAAAGUUGAAAAACGAGAAAGCUUCUGUUAAUAUACAAAAUGAUAAGCUCCUCGGCGAAUUGUUAUCGCCACUCAAAGGGCAGGGUGAUUUUGUCCAAGGAUGGUUGGUUGCUUUAGUUAGAAAAACCAGUACGUCUUUGCAUUUGUCCAAGCCUCCAAGGACAGUAAUACAAGACAUAUAACUCUCACCAAUGCUGGUGUUGUCGAUCAGCUGCAAGGAUAUUUCACUAAGGGGUCUUUCAAUAUCACAUGAAGUAAAUUUAAAGAUAAGAAAAUUUGUUAAGAGCCAAUUUCUUUUCGCUUACGUGCCCUUGUCUGUUUUCGAGAGUCUCGAGGAAGACAGCUAUAUUGGAAAACAUAUCCAGAAGACAAUUUUUAAGAUAUUAAUCUAGUCUCUGAGCUCCCCAAUCUGGAAAAAUCUGUUAGGUUUUGACUUAAACAUGAAAAUAAAAUUUGUUUUUUUUCCUCUUACCAGUGAUGCUUUGCUAAUUUAUUUCUGUUUGUUUCGAGACUCUGGAUCUGCUUGCACUGACAUAAACCUAAAACAUUCUAAACUGGAUCUCAAUUCAAGAAUUUAGAUGAUUUCUUUAUCCUCCUGUCAUUGACUGCUCUAUUGACGCACGAUUACUGUAUCUCUAAUCUGCUUCAACCUUCUUCAUGCGCUACACGCUCUGAGCUUUUCAUAUAUGCACCUGCUUUUCUAUGUUUACAUGCUUCAUUGCAUUGCUGGCCAGGAAUCCAUGAGGAAACAAACUGGACAAGGGAGAUUUGGAUCCGUUUUCAUACUUUUAGUUGGGCUAAUUCUCGGAAUAUUGGUGGGAUACUUUCUCAGGAUACAAGUGCCUACACUGCAGUAAGGUUUGAUCUUUGUUCAGAUGUCAUGAAUUUGCUCACCGGAAUCUCUCAGUCUUUUCCUUAGUAGAGACAUUAGGUUUAUAAUUUAAUUUUUCGCAGGAAGAUAUUGGCUUUCUGUUAUGUAGUACCAAAUUUUGGUAUCUUAUUCUUUCAGAAAACAUCGACAUACAAAAUGUCUUCGUUCAUUCAGCCUGACCUUAAUGAAAUAGGUGAAGGAGACGUGAUUUUUUAAAGUCUA